GUUUUCCAUCAAUGACUAUUUUUUUCAGAUGUCGACAUUUACUGUCCUAGUUGCAAACGAAAUGACCAAACUUACUCUUGGAACCAGUUGCUUGAGACAAAUCGGGUCAGAUUUUUUGUUUGGAGGCAUUCAAAUACCACAUUCACGAAAAGGAAACCAUCACAUUUGCUUCACUAGCGGAUUAGAAAUGUCUUCUAGAAAUUCUCAGCUCAAGUUCAACGUUGAUCGUGGAACUCCUUCCUCAGACGACUAUGGUGGAUACAUUUCUGACUCUGUGCUCGAGACUCGAAAGCACCACAAAAACCAAAAACCUCAUGUAACGUUCAGUGACAACAACAACAACGAGGUACCUGAUGUUCACAAGACUUCUAAACACCGCCAUGCUCAUUUCUACACCAAUGAUAUCAAUGAUGAGGCCGAAGAGUUCAUUAGGCUGAAGCACAACCAGAUGUCUAUUGACCUCUAAAUUCUAAUGGAAAGAAACUGUUCCAAUUGGUGAAGUUAGCGCUUAAUUAUAUGACCCAAUAAUGUUCUGAUGCUACAGAGCUCCUUGCAAUUGUUAAAAUAUUUAUAUUUCCUAUGUGAACAUUUCAAAGUUCCAGGAAUAAUACAGACUGUUUAUAUUAGUCUUUUUAUGGCACUGAGAACUAUGAGAAUUAUAAAAAUAAUUAAACUAUGGACUUCAUAUAA